CGGUGUGGUCGGUGAUGCUCACUAUUGCUCAGUGGUGCCCGGUGUUCACACGCGUGUUUUAGAGGUUAAAACGAGGAAUAGAGUAAUAAGAUUCAUUAAAGUGAAGGAUUAAUUCGAUAAAUGAAUAGAAAUAAAUAAAUUGAAGACCGAAUUUUGUACAGAGAAUACAGACAUUUAUAUCUGAUAUCUGUUUGCAGAUAAGGCACAUUAAACUGAAAAAAGUUGUUUCUUCAACGAUUAUCUGAAUAAAAAAUCUGUAUAAUCUAGACGAAAUGACCGAAAACGCUACUGAAGUCGAUUGCAUACUACGACCUAUGAACUGUGAAAUUAGUUUACUAUCAAGAUCUGAUGGCUCUACAAUGUUUAUGCAAGGUGAUACCACAAUUAUUGCAGGUGUAAAUGGGCCUUUGGAAACAAAAAGCCAAAAAAUGGCAUAUGACAGAGUUUCUAUUGAAGUUACGUAUACACCUCUUAAAGGCCCAGCAAAGGUGGACGAUAGAUUAAUUGAAACAUAUAUAAAAGAGACUUGUGAAUCUGCUGUAUUAAUUUCAUUUCAUCCUAAUACCAUGGUGUGUAUUAAUCUGCAAGAGAUGCAAGAUUCUGGUGGGUUACUAGCCUGUGCUAUUAAUGCAUCAUGUUUGGCAUUAAUUAAUUCAGGACUUUCUAUGAAAUUCACUAUUGCAGCUGUAAGUUGCAUGAUACAAAAAGAAACAGGAGAACUAAUAAUGGAUCCUGAUAACUCACAAUUAAAAAAUGCAAAAGCGGAAUUUACAUAUGCAUUUGACAGUAUUAACAAUGAUAUUAUAUGCUGUCAUAGCGUUGGCCAAUUCUCUCAAAGUGAGUUUUUGGCUUCUAUGGAUAAGUGCAGACAAGUCAGUAAAUAUGUUUUUGAUUAUUAUAGGGAAGUAACAAAAAAGUAUGCAAAUAUAAUAUAAUAUUAUAAUAUUGUGUUCUCAAAUAAACUUUUUUUUAUCUUCUGAAUUAAUUAAAUCGUCAGCAUAUACAUUAACAACAUAUUAAUUAACUAUCAAAGAUUAUUAACGGAGAAAAGUCUGAAUGUGACUACGGUUGUGAUUUAGCUGUGACUUUAUUUUCAAGUACCUCUACAUAAAAUAUAGGUAUAAUUAAUGUCUAUAAGUCCCAUAGGCAAUUCCCAUAAGUUGUCCAAGAGUAACAUUAUAGAAGAUGUCUGUCAGAUAUAUAUAUAUAUAUGUAUAACCAACUUUAUAACUUAGUCCUUUUUUUCUGUAUUGUCCUUGAUGGAAAUAUUUUAUUGAAAAUUUCUCUCAAUUGAUCCAUUUUAUUGAAAUUUGUUAGUCAUUAAAACUCAUUAAACUUUUUGAAAUUUAUUAAAUUUAUUUUAUUAUUAUUUAACAAAAAUAUAAAUUUUAUUAAUUUUAAUGAAUCUUAAAAAACCUUAACGAAUUUUAAUGAAUUUUAAUGCAUUUCAACGAAUCUUGAUGAGUUUUAAUGAAAAGGGAACAAUUAAAAGAUUUUCAGUAAUAUUUAUUCCAUCAGAGGUGUUAUCCAAUUUACAAUAAUUGCCUAGUGUUUACAUGAAAAAGAGUUUUACAAAUUUAAACUAAACAAUAUGUAAAUUUAUGUAGAUUUAAUAUUAAAACGUAUAUACACACAGCAUAACUUUGCUCGUAGGUUAUAACAUGGAGAAUAACUACAAAAUUGUGAACAUUACUUACGAAGUUCAUAGACAUUGGCUUCGUCAUUCAAUAUUCACGUUUUAUGGACAUAGAGGCGUUAUAGAGUAAAUUCACUGUUAAAUCGUACGUAGUAGUGACCGCUCUCAAGAUUUUCUUUGCUAUUAAUUGUAGGUAAUUUUUAUUUUUACCCAGACAACAUAAUGUCCAAAAUCGGGACAUAAGACGUCUUUAAGAUGUUUUUUAGUCAUAUUUUUUAAAAUGUUUAAAAGACAUUUUUAAGACGUCUUAUGUCCAGAUUUUGGACAUUAUGUUAUCUGGGUAUCAAUUUAAAAAAUUGAAUAUCGACAGUUGAUAAUAUUAAUACUUUAAUAUUAAUUAUUUUUUAGUUUACAAGAUUUGAUCUAUUGAUAAUAUCGCGACAUAUAAAAAAAUCUUUCAGUCACUAAAAAUCCUUCUUACAUAUAUAUGUUUUUUUUUGUCUAAAAGAAACCUAUUUGUAAAAGUUGAACUAAAAUCAUGGGCAUUGUUUUUGAAAACAAUCCAAUUUCCAUUUAUUAAAUUCAACAUAUUAUAUAAUAUACACAUGUAUAUAAACUGUUAGUUAACGGUAUGUAUAUUAUUAUAAAAAUGAAAAGAUAAUUCCUUUAUCAACUGUACAUAAGAUUAUAAUAUUAUAUAUAUUUUGCGUCACACAUUGAUGCUUAAAUUUUAUGUUUUUAUUGUGUAAAUUUAAUUAUAAAAGUAUAUUUAAACUUAUCAUUUAUUACUGUUAAUUAAAAAGCAAAAUAUUUAGUUUUUAUCGAUCAAGUAUCUGCAUUUCAGUUUCUAAUUGUUACCAAAAGAGGAUGCAAUAUGCGUUCUGAUUCCUGCUGCCCCCGUUCUGAUAUAUUCUAUAAUACAUUCUUAUUGUUUUACAUUUAAAAAUUAUUAAAAUAUAUAGUAGCCUUCUUGCAUAUCAUAAAUCUAAAUUCACAUUUAUAAUAUUAAGCCUUACAUUUUAUCAAAUAAUUUAAAUUAUAACAACAAAAAUUAAUUAUUUUAGAAUUAUAUAUGUUAUAUAUGUGUGUGUGUGUGUGUGGUGUGUUAAUAGAAUCAAUUUUAGAAUUUUAUCAAGAAAGAUUAAGAUAUAUUAACUCAUAAUUAUGAAAUUAACAUUACAACAACAAAAACUGAAACGUAUUAAAUUCAGAAUACCAUAAAUGACAUAUGUUACAAGCAAACGUUAAAUAAUAAUUAAAGUUUAUUAUAAUAU